CGCUCCGAAAGUUUCGGUACGACGUGGGCCUACCUUUCCAUGUUUCAUCAUAGAUCGUAAUACAGUUCUGUGGUUCCAUAAUGGUAAUGUUGUUUCUGUCGGACCGCACGGGAUAGACACAAAGUAAAUAUAUAUAUAUAGUUUCGGAAUUGCCAAUUGGAUAUUCAGAGCGUGUUUCUCUCUUUAAAGGCUGCAUACAUACGUGUAAUGUUAUUGAACAGGAUUACCUGUUUUAUGUCAUGAUAUAAAUAGAAUGCUGUACAAUUAUAGGAUAGGGCGGUAUUUGUCGCCGAAUGGACGCUGUGAAAGAUUUUAAUCGAAUGGCUCUAUUUCCAGACUUAAACUCAACAUUAUUCCAUUUAAGGCUACAUGUAUAGAUGAACAACAAUAAUUAUGUCGGUUCCAAAUAGAGGAAACUGUGUAAGUAAAGGCCAACUACCAGGAACAUUUUUGGCACUCAUACAAAGACAGGAAAACGCAGCAACUUCAUUUUAUUUUACUUGUGAUAAAUGGCUUUAUGUUAGAAAUAAAUCUAUUAAAGACCUUACUGCACUGGCCGAUGACCUGGACCAACACCAUUCCAAUGUAAACGUAGCAUCACUUGCCGGCACCACAGUUAGUGCAUUCGGUGGCGUGGCUUUUAUUGCUGGCAUGUUAGCACCAUUUACAGCCGGUCUCUCUGCUAUCUUAGCGAUGGGCGGAACUGCGGCUAGUGUUGCUGGAGGUGUAACGGCGUUUGGGGCAUCUCUUACAGAAUAUGGUAUAACAUAUUCAAGGUGCAAGGAAAUUCAAAAUCAUUUGGAAAUCGAUCAAAAAUACACAGAUAAGCUUAUCCAAGAUAUGAAUAAAUUUAUAGCAAUGUCAGGAAAACUGGAAAAGUUUAUUGAAACCACAUACUUUUCAGACCAUGACUGGCUUGUUAUCGCAAAUCAGUCCAACAUACUAUUUAAGAAGGCUAAAUUAGGAAAAUGUGCCAUCCAGAAUAUCCUGUUUCUAAUGAACAGUGUUUUAAAAGCAACCAAAAGCCCCGAGGCUAUCAUGGCCUACAAUCUACUCAUGAGUUUGGUGGAAACUUGUGGAAUUUCCAUGCCGAAUUUUGGAAACAUACGCAUGCAUGAUCUUAAGAAACUAAUGCUGGGGCGAAUAGCCAAGUUAGGCGAAAAGGAACUAUUAGGGUCACUUAAGGGUGUUUUCCUGACUCCUGGUAAAUUAACCCAAACAGCAAGACUUGGACUUAGUAUGACGAGCGCCGUGUUUGUUGUUAUUGAUAUUUGGAGCAUUGUUACUACAAUAGACGACAUGGAAAAGGGCUCAAAGACAGAAGCAGGAACAAGAAUUAGAGAACUAGUUACUGGCUUUGAAGAAGGAAGGGAUAUUGUGGAGGGGACUGUGGCUGAUAGAAAAGAAGGUUUAACGGUUAACUAAAAUCCACACAUAUUCAAAAUAAAUACAGGAAAUAUUUCAUUAAAUAUAUGAUAAUAAUAAUAACCAAAUACUUACCUAAAUGAAUAUACCUACUAACAUCGUAACAUUUAAUACUAUAAUUUGUAAAUACCUACUAACAUCGUAACAUUUAAUACUAUAAUUUGUAAAUUAGCAUAUAUGUACUUAAACCAGGCACUCCAUCUAUCAUAUUGACUUAACCACUCUCCUCUCCAUUAUUUAAAACAAAAUGAUGACUCUCAAUCGUGCUCCUCCGUCACAUUCAAUAGAUAAUGAAUAUAAAUAGUUCAUAAUUAUUAUUGUCCGUACAUUGUCAGGCAUAAUGUAAUUGCGAUAUUCAUCUCCCAAAUAGAUUAGAACAGUUCUUUUGCAAAGUUUGUGUAUCUGCGAUGUUCUUGAAAACCUUGUUAAAACAUAAAUUGCCAGUUCAAAAUUAAUUUAAUAUGUAUGAAAUGUUAUAACAAUUUUUUAAUGUAAAAGAUAAUGAUAAUAAUAUAUAUACUUAGCCUUUAUUAGAUCUGUGAUAACAGUGAUUAAUUUUCUUAAAUGCUUGUCCAAAGGAACUAUCUGCAGUAGAAACACCAACUAAUUUUUUAUAUGAUGAAGGUUUAAUAAAAUUGGUCAUUUGUAAUAUAAUUUUCAGUUUCACUAAAGUAAAAACUUCAUCUAUCUUUGGAUAUGUAGUGGGUUCCGAUCAUAUCGGUUGACAGUAUGGAAGAGAUCUCUGCAGUAAUUCCUAUAAACGUAGGCCAGUCGUGACAAAACUCGGAACUGGGUCUGUAUUUACCCAUAUUACGACUGUGGAAUGAUUUUCAUCAAAUUCCAGCUUAAGACCUUGAAGCAUUACGAAGAAAGGCCGGGCAAGUCCACGUCAUAACUAAAAGGGGAGAUAAACAUCAAAAUUUGUAUGCAGAUAUUCAACAAUUAGUAUGAUAAAAGACUGAUUUAAUGACGACAGCUUAUUCUGACUUAAAUUAGUCUUAUUGCAUUGACAUUUUAAAGGCAAAACUAUAGGGCUACAAACAAAUACUAGAUAUAUUAACAAUUUUAUAAAAUUGAAUAGCCAAUCUAAGUAUACUAUCGGAAUAGGCUAGGAUCAAAGUUUACAUAUUCUUUGCAAAAUAGGUUUCCUCUUGAAACUGAACCUUAAAAUACAUAAUAAAUUUUAUUUAAUAUAACUUCGCAUAUAUAACAGACAAAGAAAUACAUGUAAUACACAAUUAGCCUGCAUUUGGAUGAUUCUUUUUUCAAAAUAGGUCCACAUUUGUGAAAUUUUGAUUUAGCUUUCUCCCUUAGCAUUCAUCUGUGUUCCAUUUACAUCCACUACUUUUCUCUUCGACAACUGAUCACCUCCGAAUGAAUUUCUAUUAAUUUUACUAAAAUCCUUUUAACAAUGUUUUGAGUUACAGACAGCUACACAUUAACUGUUACGACAUUCUAAUUCAGGUGUAAAAAGGGUCGUUUUUAAAUGAGCCCAACUUCUUCCUGUGCUGACCGUAACAGCAAUUGGUACACUUAAUGUGGCAAUAUCUUGACACAAUUCUUGUCCAUCUUCCAUUAUUCUCUUCACAAUUUCUACAAACAUUACACAAAUAUGUAUUCCGGGUUAAAAUAAAAAUAUAUGAUUUCCCAAUACGCCUGGCUUGUUCGAAUUGUGAUGCACAUUCUUAACAUGUUUUAGGCGUUAACACAAUAUAGUCAACAAGUCAGAGAGAGAGAGAGAAAUGGGUUUAACGUUCACUCGACACAAACUAGGUCAUUUCGGGACUAACAUAUGGUUCAAUUUUAUUUCCAUAAUUCGCUUGCGCGUAGGGGUCUUUAGCAGUGGGAGGAAACCAGAGGACCCGGAGAAAGCCCACGAGGUUGGACAGGCGACCGUACUCCUUGUCACGUACAACUGGGGAAUCGAAACCACGCCAGUUGACUCAAUGACAGACUUUAUGAUACAGCGCGCACGUGCUAGCCAUUCAGCCAUCCAACCCCCCAAGUCAGAGACAAAAAUAGUUUAGUGAAUAAAACUUUUUAGCUCUUUGCAACCGUUAUCUUAGCCCGGUUUAGGUAUCAUAAGGAUUUGAUACUUUUUCUAACAAAUACAAAUGGUUAAUAUCCAUAUGUCCAUUGAACUAACUUUUCUCUUAACUAACUCUGGCUAAAACAUGCCUACAAUAACACAUGCGGUGGUAGAGGUUAAUAAUAAUAAAGCUUUCUGAUGGUCAGAUUUUAUGGUCAAACGAUGAACUAAUGAAGGAAACGUUGUGUUGCCUGGUAACAAAUAUACCCCUCCCAGCAGCAUUUAACAGCAAUGUUGAAAAAAUAAAUAUUAAAACCCCUGACU